AUGAAUGACUAUGGAACGGAGGAAGAACACCUUUUUAUCUUUGAUUCUACGUUGGAAGGUGAAGCCAUCUUCCAUGUUCACCCGCCGCCUGUAACAAGAACUGCUAGAACUGGAGACAGGCAGCAAGAGGGUACUUCCCUGUCUUUGUUGGGGGGCUAUAAAGAGAAAGGCUUUGGGGCCAAAAGGGGGGUUGGUUCCCAGAAAAGCAGUGAAAGGAAGAACCUUGUAAACCCCGUCAUUGUGAACAAGGUUCCUCAUUAUUCUCUCCCUUCUAUCUUAUCCGAACCACCCCACUUACUAGAAACUGCCACUCUUGCAUUGUUUCUUUCUUGUACUGUUGUUGUCAUCAUUCUUAGUUUUAUCAGAGGGCUAAAAGGGGGGUUUGUUCUGGCUUUGCGCAUUGGACAAGGCAGAGGACUAGUUUCACUGACCAACUUAAAGGGUGGGAAAAAUGAAGUAUGUGCUGGUGACAGGUGGUGUUGUGAGUGGACUUGGGAAAGGAGUCACUGCCAGCAGUAUUGGGCUGAUCCUCAAGGCCUGUGGUCGAAUACCCUUCUUCCUAAUUCGGGAAACCCCUACUUGAACACUGAUGCUGGAACAAUGUCUCCUUUCGAGCAUGGAGAGGUUUUCGUGUUAGAUGAUGGUGGUGAGUCUGUUAUUGAGAAGGAGAGAAGAGGAGAUUAUCUUGGAAAGACUGUACAGGUUGUUCCACACAUAACAGAUGCUAUCCAGGAGUGGAUAGAACGUGUGGCAAAGAUACCAGUUGACGGGAAAGAAGGACCAGCUGAUGUUUGUGUCAUUGAAUUAGGUGGAACUAUAGGGGAUAUUGAGUCCAUGCCUUUUAUUGAAGCACUUGGCCAGUUUUCAUACCGUGUAGGCCCUGGCAACUUCUGUUCGGUUCAUGUCAGCUUGGUUCCUAUUCUCCAUGUUGUUGGUGAACCGAAAACAAAGCCAACUCAGCACAGUGUUCGUCAACUUAGAGGAUUAGGUUUGACCCCUAAUCUUCUUGCUUGUCGCAGUUCGAAGGAACUUGAUGACAAUGUCAAGGCAAAACUUGCUCAAUUUUGUCAUGUGCCGCUGUCAAACAUACUUACUCUCCAUGAUGUUCCAAACAUUUGGCAUAUUCCUUUGCUGUUGAAAGACCAGAAGGCACAUGAGGCGAUCCUGAAAGCAUUAAACUUGCUAGGUGUUGCUGCAGAGCCUAAUUUGAAGGAGUGGACUGUAAGGACAAAAGUUUAUGACAGAUGUGAUGAAAUUGUUAGAAUUGCAAUGGUGGGAAAAUACACUGGCCUUUCAGAUGCAUAUCUUUCUGUUCUGAAGGCACUUCUACAUGCUUCGGUUGCUCGAAAGCGUAAACUUAUCGUGGACUGGGUUCCGGCUGGGGAUCUUGAAGAAGUUACUCAUAAAGAGGAUCCUGAGGCAUAUAAAGCUGCAUGGAAUCUUUUAAAGGGUGCUCAUGGGGUUCUAGUUCCAGGAGGUUUUGGUGAUAGAGGAGUAGAGGGGAAAAUUCUUGCUGCCAAGUAUGCUCGAGAAAAUAACGUUCCAUUUCUGGGAAUUUGCUUGGGGAUGCAAAUUGCUGUAAUUGAGUUUGCACGAUCUGUUCUAGGUCUGCUUGAUGCUACUAGCACAGAGUUUAAUACUGAAACCAAGACCCCUUGUGUCAUAUUUAUGCCAGAAGGCUCAAAGACUCAUAUGGGGGCAACUAUGCGACUUGGCUCAAGAAGAACCUACUUUGAUGUUGCGGACUGCAAAUCUGCAAAAUUGUAUGGCAAUGUAAGCUUUAUUGAUGAGCGACAUCGACAUAGAUAUGAGGUCAAUCCUGAGAUGAUAUCACAGCUAGAGAUUGCUGGUCUAUCUUUUGUUGGCAAAGAUGAAACUGGGAGGCGCAUGGAAAUAGUUGAAUUGCCUAGCCAUCCUUUUUAUAUUGGCGUUCAGUUUCACCCUGAGUUCAAGUCCAGACCAGGAAAACCUUCUCCACUCUUCUCAGGAUUAAUAGCAGCAGCAAGUGAACCAAGGAGGUUGGUGCCAAAUGGUCACUCCAAGUUAACUGGGUGUAAUAUACCCUCACCAAAACUGAAACCACGCCCAAAAGGAAAGGUCUUCAAAGCACCCAAUGGUUCCUUGAAUGGUGUAUAUACCAAUGGGAAUGGCUAUUACCAACUUGUUGAUUUGAGUGCAAACUCUUUAAUACAUUUUGAAUAA